UGCAAAACGCCAUUCACGGUUGCCCUUACAUUCGAUGAUAAUCCUGACGAUACGCUUUCGGAGCUGCUGAGGCUCCUAAAAAAGUACAAUGCUACUGCAACAUUUUUCCCCAAUGCGCCCUACCAUCUUGACAGAUGGGGUCUUGACAAGGACGUACGUGCUAUUCAUGCCGAGGGCCAUCAAAUCGGAACUCAUACAUGGGACCACUUGGACAUGAAGACCAUCGAUGAUGCUAGAGCACUCGAAGAUAUUAAAAGGAUGAAUGAUUGGCUACAUCACAUACUCGGCAUCCGGUCUAGUUUCGUACGCCCACCCUAUGGGGAGUGUCACAAAAGCUGCCGCGAAUCUCUUCGCUCAAAUGGAUUCACUGCAGUACGGUGGUCUCUAGACGCCUUUGACUGGAAGUAUCAGGAACCUGACAUGGUAAACUCCAGUCUGGAUAUUUUGCAGUCUUGGAUAGCUACGCAGGAUGGGCUUCUAGAAGAACAGCGCGAAUGGCCGAUUGUUUUAAUGCAUGCGAGGUUCCAAAACACAGUAACCACCCUAGCGCCAACUCUACUUGAAUCUUUAAGUGCGCGCGGCUUUAAAUUUGUUUCUGUCGCGGAGUGCUUAGGUUUUUCAAAAGAACAGUGGUAUUACUAA